AUCGGAGGCGCCGUGCCACGGCUCGUUUCCUGGAACGUUUUUCACUUGCGUUAAAGCCGCUGGUGUUCCGAGGCACAUUUAACAAGCUGAGACGGAGGGGAACCUCUCACGAUGGAGUUAGAAUUUAAGGAUGCUUUUUGGGGAGGGAACUUCAUUAGCAACGCUGGCUACGAGGCCAUCAUCCAGAGACUGAACGAUGGUCGGCGGACGUGCAAAGACAUGGAGGAGCUGUUCAAAAUGAGGGCAUCCGCCGAGGAGAAAUACGGCAAAGAGCUGGUGGCCAUCUCACGCAAGGUUGGGGGGUUCUACGAAAUCUGUACACUGAGAACGUCCAUUGAUGAAAUGAAAACGCAAAUGGAAACGAUAGGCAACUUGCACAUUCAUCUGUCCGGCCUCUUAAAGGAGGAGGCGAAAAGGAUCGAGCAGUUUAGAGAGAAGCAGAAAGAGCAGAGAAAAAAGCUUGAAUUCAUCAUAGAGAAGGUCCAGAAGAACAAAGCAUCAUUCUACAAGAAAACCAUAGACUCCGAAAGACACUACGAGCAACGCUGCAGGGAGGCUGACGAGGCAGAGCAAACGGCUGACAAGAUGAGAAACGCUUCCACAGCCACGCCCAAGCAGAUUGAGAAGCUGAGCAACAAAUCGAAAAUGUGCAGGGAAGCUGCAGAGGAGGCGGAGAGACAGUACAAAUCCAACAUUGAUCAGCUGGACCAGAUCCGGCAAGAAUGGGAAUUAACCCACAGCAACACGUGUGAGGUGUUUCAACAACAGGAAACGGAGCGCCUGAAGGCCAUGAGGAACGGCUUAUGGCAGCAUUGUAACCAUUUGUCCACGCAAUGCGUGAAGGCCGAUGAGUGUUAUGAAGGGGUGAGGCAAAUCUUGGAGAAGUGCGACAUUAUCGCUGACAUGAACAGCUUUGUGGGGUUUAAAGGCACCGGCACCAAUCGUCCCGCUCCCAUCGAAUACCAAAAUUACUACGAGAGGGAUCCCACGGAAGUCCGAAAUGGAAGCAUGGGACUCGUAGGCGGCGUGAUGAAAAAGUUUUCAACUCUCCUUCAAGGGAACUCUUUGGCUGGCUCCACUCUGAGCGUUCAUAAAGAUCCUAUUGCAGACAGUGGAGCGACGAUUAACUCCGCAGACGACUAUGAAGAUGUCUACAGCGACCCCCUCAAGAUUCAAGGCCCCCAAACGAGCGAGCAGUACAAGGCGCUGUACGAGUACGUGGCCCAGCGAGCCGACGAGCUCUCCAUGUCUGUUGGGGACGCCGUGCUCGUCAUUGAACGGGGCCAAGACGGCUGGUGGAUGGUGCGGCUGUAUGGCCAAACGGGACUGGUGCCGGGUUCUUACCUCGCCAAAGAAUGAGUUUGGACAACGCAACUAAAACGACUUGUCAGUAAUUAUUUGUGAAUAAUGUAAUUUUAUUUCUCACAUGUACAGCAUUAAAACUUUAAAUAAUACCAUA